GGCACUGGUGGGUGGCACUGCUGGGCACAGGUGGGUGGCACUGGUGGGCACAGGUGGGUGGCACUUCUGGGCACAGGUAGGUGGCACUGCAGAGUGGCACAGGUGGGUGCACUGCUGGGCACAGGUGGGGGCACUGCUGGGAACGGGUGGGCGGGGCUAGUGGGCGCACUGCUGGGCGGAACUUGCGGGUGUCACUGCUGGGCACCGAUCAUCAGGGCACUGAUCAUCAGUGCCCUGAUGGUCGGUGCCGAUCCCCGCUCUGACAACUGCCGGUUCUCGGCAGUACUUUCCUCACGAUCUGACAGCGUGAGGAAAGUGCAGCCGAGAACCGGCACUUGC